ACAUUCGAUCUAUCUCAGAACGCCCGGCGAGCCUAAACUUCAGUCUGUCACCCAGUCUUUGUCUCAAAACCAAAUCAAAGAUCAUGGAUUCUUCAGCCAUUUUGUUUAACCAGCUCAAGGCAGCAGAACCGUUCUUCUUGUUAGCGGGUCCAAAUGUGAUUGAAUCAGAACAACACAUUAUGCGAAUGGCCGCUUACAUUAAGAAUAUCUCCAACAAAGUUGGAUUGCCACUGGUUUUAAAGUCAAGUUUUGACAAAGCUAAUAGAACAUCCUCAAAAUCAUUUCGGGGUCCAGGCAUGACUGAAGGCCUGAAGAUCCUAGAGAAGGUUAAAACAGCAUAUGACCUUCCCAUUGUCACUGAUGUACAUGAAACUGUUCAGUGUGAAGAAGUUGGCAAAGUUGCAGAUAUUAUACAGAUUCCAGCAUUUUUAUGUCGCCAGACUGAUCUUCUAGUUGCUGCAGCCAAGACUGGAAAAAUUAUCAAUAUUAAAAAGGGCCAAUUUUGUGCUCCCUCUGUCAUGACAAAUUCUGCUGAGAAAAUCAGAUUGGCUGGAAAUCCAAAUGUUAUGGUAUGCGAGAGAGGAACCAUGUUUGGCUAUAAUGAUUUGGUUGUUGAUCCACGGAAUUUGGAGUGGAUGAGAGAAUCUAAUUGUCCUGUUGUGGCCGACGUCACACAUUCAUUACAACAGCCUGCCGGGAAGAAGUUGGAUGGAGGAGGUGUUGCAAGUGGAGGUCUCCGUGAACUUAUACCAUGCAUUGCAAGGACAGCUGUUGCAGUAGGUGUUGAUGGAAUUUUUAUGGAGGUACAUGAUGACCCUUUGAACGCACCAGUUGAUGGCCCAACCCAGUGGCCACUCCGGCAUUUGGAGGAACUACUACAAGAGCUUGUGGCAAUUGCUAGGGUAAGCAAGGGGAAGCAACGCAUGAACAUCGAUCUCACACCAUUUUGUGAUUAGGAAUACAGAAGGCAUUUCUCUAGCGCUUCAAGCUUACUUAUCUAGGCUAUUGUGAACAAGUUUGUGGCACUCUGAAAUCGGCAGCUUGAAAUACAACAUCCUGCACAAGAAUGAAUGAUGGGCAAAUAGUUUACUUUAGGUUGAUCUGAAUAAUUUGAUUGUUGUUUGUAUUCCUCUUCUGGUGGAUUAGAAGAAUAUUAUGGCUAAUUUUUUUCGUCUGGUUCAAGUUCAAAAACUUACCAAUGUAUGUAUUUUACCAAUUUAUGUUUCGCAUUAUUCACUAAUAGGUCUUGUAACAAUGAUGGUCAAAUUGUUAUAUUGGGUUGAUAUGAAUCAGUUGACAGAUUUUA